AUGGCGGUGGCAACUUCAAGUUUGAUAUCGCCAUGGCAAGCGACUCUUCAGCAUUACAAUAAUAGCUUUUAUCUCAAAGAUUAUCCCUUUCCGUGUCACUCUAAUCCCAUUUCCAAUCCUUUUAAUUUCAAAAGACGCAUUCUUUCCUCCAAAUUUAACGACCAUGUCCUCACCGAUUCUUCCUCCUCCUCCAAGUCCUCCAAGCUUUCUCCGAUCCAUUCCCAUUUCUCUUUCUCUGGGUGUGGAUGCUCGUGGAUUCAGGACAAUUCAGUGGCUCAUGAUUCAGCUACAAGUAAUAUGACGUCAAAGAAAUGCUAUGCGUUACCAACAAAAUCGGUGGAUGUGUCUUCAGUGUCGGACCUUUUCGAAUUCAUUUGCUCGGGUCCACUCGUAGAGAAGAUUGGCAUCACUCCUGAAAGAGUUGGAGAGUCCAUUGACAAGUGGUUACUCUAUGGCUCACAACUCUGCAGACUGUUUCAGCUUAACGAGCUUAAGCUCACAAUUCCUCAGAAAGCUAGGCUAUACCAUUACUAUAUACCUGUCUUUGUUUGGUGUGAAGAUCAGAUUGCUCUUCAUAAUUCCAAGUUUAAAGAUGGAGAUGAAGUACCUCCAUUAGUGAUUGGAUUUAGCGCGCCUCAGGGAUGUGGCAAGACUACACUUGUGUUUGCACUUGAAUAUCUUUUCAGAACUACAAAAAGGAAGUCGGCGACAGUAUCCAUAGACGAUUUUUACUUGACUGCGGAAGGACAGGCUAAAUUGAGAGAAGCGAAUCCAGGAAAUGCACUUCUAGAGUUGCGUGGGAAUGCAGGAAGCCAUGAUCUUCCAUUCUCUGUCGAAACACUUGAAGCCCUGACUAAGCUAAGCAAGGACGGGAUGAAGAUGAAAGUUCCCCGGUACAAUAAGUCUGCCUAUAGCGGGAGAGGUGACAGAGCCGAUGCAACGACAUGGCCUGAAGUUGAAGGACCUCUAAAGGUGAUUCUCUUUGAAGGAUGGAUGCUUGGUUUUAAACCUCUUCCAGCUGAAGCUGUUAAAGCUGUGGAUCCGCAGCUGGAGAUAGUGAAUAAGAACCUUGAAGCGUAUUACGAGGCAUGGGACAAGUACAUCAAUGCUUGGGUUGUCAUCAAAAUCAAGGACCCAAGUUAUGUGUACCGGUGGCGUCUUCAGGCGGAAAUCGCCAUGAGGCAGGCUGGCAAAGCUGGGAUGUCCGAUGAUGAGGUGAAUGACUUUGUGUCGCGGUAUUUGCCUGCGUAUAAGGCUUAUCUACCAACCCUUUACUCGGAAGGACCGAGUGGCUCGGACCCAGACCGUGUUCUUGCCAUAGAUAUCGAUGAAGAAAGGAACCCCAUACUCGCAAACUAA